ACAGCACAGCACUCGGACCUCGCCUCAUUCCUCGCCCACGCAAAACGCACCGGCCUCGACGAAACAUCCCCCACAUUCACCGGAACCCGCUACGAGUACCUCGUGGCCGAGCGUCUCGCCCGCUACGGCUUCUCCCUCAGGCGAGUCGGGGGCGCAUCCGACUUUGGCAUCGACCUGCUCGGCGACUGGACCAUCCCGUCGACGGCGAAAUCCCUCAAGGUCCUGGUGCAAUGCAAGGCGGGGUCGGGAUCCGGGGUAGGGCCGCAUUUCGUCCGGGAGCUGGAGGGGUCGUUUGUGGGCGCGCCGCCCGGGUGGCGAGGAUCGCGGGUGCUGGGGCUGUUGGUGACGGAGAAGCGGACGACGAAGGGCGUGAGAGAUGCCCUUGGGAGGAGCCGGUCGGCGAUGGCGUAUGUCUGCUGUACGGGGGACGGGGGGGUUGUGAAGCAGAUGCAGUGGAAUCACCGGGCGGAUGAGGAAGGGCUGGAGGGGAUUGAUGUUGCGCUGAGG